AAAGAUCUGAAAAAUAAAAUAACAAAGUCAAAGAGUCAGCAACUGAGCGAGUGUGCAAACUAUUGGAAGCGGUACGGGCCAACGGAAAAAUCUCAUAACAUGUGUAACGAUUGGAGUCCUGGGAGAUAGUAUUAUAAUCGAGAAGAAGAAAAAAAGAAGAUUCAGUUGAACGAUAUGUCAAGUUAUAUGUUAAAAGAUAUUCUGGGUCUACAAUAGAGAUGUAGUAAACCUUAAGUCGUAAGAAAUUGACCAAUCACAGUCAAAGAUGAGGAGAACACUCGAUUGUGAUUGGUUAAUUUCUUGUGGUUUUGAGGUUUACUCGUUUAUUACAUCAUCGUGGAGCCGGGGAUAGUGUUAUCAUUUUAUAUGUAUAAGUGUUUAGAUAUAUUGUUAAUUAACAUUUAGAGAAGAUGAGGAUGCAUUUAGUAUCUGCUGUAUCGAUAUUAGUUUCUCUCGUAGCAUCGUGUCACACAUGGGAGAUACCAGAAAAUUUUGCAAAAACUGAACAUUCCAACAAUUGGGCCGUUUUAGUUGAUACGUCACGUUUCUGGUUUAAUUAUCGGCAUGUUGCGAAUGUUUUAUCCAUUUAUCGGAGUGUUAAACGUUUGGGUAUACCGGACUCGCAAAUUAUUCUUAUGAUAGCCGAUGAUAUGGCGUGCAAUCCUAGGAAUCCUAGGCCAGCGACCGUUUUUAACAAUAUCAAGCAACAUAUUAAUGUUUACGGCGAUGAUGUAGAAGUUGAUUAUAGAGGUUACGAAGUAACUGUCGAAAAUUUUGUAAGAUUACUCACUGGUCGUUUGGCGCAAGAAGCACCCAGAUCAAAGAAAUUGUUGACAGAUGAAGGUUCAAAUAUUCUGAUAUAUUUAACUGGCCAUGGUGGUAAUGGAUUUUUAAAGUUUCAAGAUUCUGAAGAGAUCACUAGUCAAGAGCUGGGAGAUGCUUUGGAGCAAAUGUGGCAAAAGCGAAGAUAUCAUGAGAUCUUAUUUGUUGUUGAUACUUGUCAAGCAAGCUCAAUGUAUGAAAAAUUUUAUUCGCCAAAUAUUUUAGCAGUUGCGUCUAGUUUAGUAGGGGAAGAUUCUCUUUCUCAUCAUGUGGACCCAGCAAUCGGUGUUUAUAUCAUAGAUCGAUAUACCUAUUAUGCAUUAAAUUUCUUGGAAAAGGUAGAACCAUCCAGUACCAAAACAUUGGGUGAAUUUUUGAAAGUAUGUCCAAGGGAUUAUUGCCUAUCUACAGUGGGUGUAAGAAGAGAUUUGUUCAGAAGAGAUCCUAAUAAAGUACCAGUAACAGAUUUCUUUGGAUCACUUAGGCCAGUGGAACUUACGACAAAUGUAGUCAAUGUUUUACCUAUUAAAGCUAACCACACAAAAGCUGAGGAACCAGAAAGAAAGUAUAGUUAUGUUGCACAAUUUCCUGCUGUAUCACAAUAUACGUGAAUAAUAAGAAUAAUUUCAACAAAAAUUCC